AUGGAUUCAGUGAUCCGGUUUGAUUAUGGUAAUGGUGGCAUGUUAACAUCUUCUCUUAAUAAUAAUGAAUUGAUAACAAACUCAGUCAGCAAUAUAGAAGAACAUUAUAAAAGUGAAAAGAAUAUUGAUGAUCACAAGGUGGUUGAAAGCCAAAAGCAAUAUGAUGCGAAUGAAUGUGAUGACGAAGCAAAAGAAGAAGAUGAUGAUGACAAAAGUGAAACUUCGGACUCUGAUACAUCGUUAGCAUCAAAUCUCACAAUCAAUACUAACAAUAUGCUAACUAGGGCGCGAUAA